UGCGAUGCGGCGGUGUGUCGAUUCUCGACAACAUAUUAAUGUUUUAUUUACCAUUCCCCGUAUACGAGCAGAUACAAGUUCACCAACUCGUUACGUAUUAAUUUGCCUUCAAGGCCACUAAACCAACGCAACAUAAAAAGUUCCUCUUGUUAGCUUGAUUAGUGUUGUUCACAUUCUAGCUGUGUGCAGUCAGAUAAAGUGCGAGGGCAACGUGUUCGACCGGAAUCCUUCCCUUUACCUUUCCACGGAUAAUCCAUAAUCAACCGCGGGAGCUACUACCUGUCCCAUUUGUACAUUCGAUCCCCCAGCCCGCGCAACACUCGGAAGUCCUAUCGACAGUUGAUUAUUGGUGACUAAUUAAAACCAGCACAGAGAUGGCAGCCGCAAUGGGAAGGAAGCUGAUCGACAGCUUGAAGAGCAAGGAAUUCCGAGAUUAUCUGAUGAGCACCCACUUCUGGGGUCCGGUCGCCAACUGGGGUAUUCCAAUCGCUGCUCUCGCUGAUAUCAAAAAGGAUCCGAAAAUCAUCUCCGGGACGAUGACCACUGCCCUCUGCCUCUACUCGAUGGUCUUCAUGCGCUUCGCCUGGAAGGUGCAGCCGCGGAACAUGCUCCUGUUAGGUUGCCACAUUACCAACUUCACCGCCCAGAGCAUCCAGGGAGCGCGGUGCGUGGAGUACAACUACCUGGGGAAAAAGGAUGUUGCCGCUCCAACCGAAGCAAAGAAAACCAAGUAAACUCAACUGAACGCGUUGAGUUGACUAGGGAUGGUAGGGAAUUCUCUCGAAUGGUGGAUGUCGAAUCAAGCUAGCAAAAUUUUCAAAGGUAUAACUAUUAAGAGUUGUGUAAGUUAACAAGCUGUUUCUCCAGGACUAAAAGUUCACAGAACAGGUGCUUUCGUAAACAAAGGGAAUAUGAUUCUACUGAUUUAUAGGUUUAACGAUUGAUCCGGAGUUAGAGUGGACGUUUUUGUGUUGUUGUUGUUGUGGAGCUUGCAACGGUCCAGUGUCGGGUACUGUCAGUUUACAAGGGAAAACGAUACAAUACAGGGGGGUUAGAAAGGGGUAGAGCGUAACACUUUUUAGACAAACUUAACACGUAGGAUAUAAAAUUAUACAAGCGCACUUUUGCACCAUUUGUAGUAAACGAUAAAACCG